CCACAGCACGGAAACGGCCCGGGGCUGAGCUGCAGUCAGAUCCGGGGAUGGAGGGAGCCGGAGAAGAGGCGUGAGGAGGCCGGGGAGGCAGGCCGUGCUGCCCUCCUGGAGGCCGGCAGGCCGCUGUAGCAGUGGAGGAGCAGGCCGCCCAGGAAGGGGAGGGGUCAGGAGGUCGGGCCCGGGCCUUCAGCGGGCCCCCCCAAGGCCCAGGAAGGGAGGGCCAGGCGCCCCUGGAGCUGAGGGCCCAGGCCUGUCCCGGGUUGCCCAAAGGAGGCCCGGGCCAGGCCUCGGUGGGGAAACGGAGCCAGAGGCAGGCCUCCGGGCACGGCCUGGACGCGUGUGAGCCAAGUUAGGGGUAGGGGGCACAGGCCCUUGGGGGUCUCAGACACCAAAGGCGGUAGGGGGCUUCAGGGCCUCCCAGUCCAGAGCCGGAUUGGCGAGCUAGACGCUUGUAGAUCCAGAGCUGGAUUGGGGUGGGGUCUCUGGGACGCUGGCUCGCUAGGCAAGGAUUGGGGGGAUUUAAGUGCUUGGAGAUCGAAGGCAGGCCUUGAGUGGGGGGAGGCAGACAAUUGGGAAGCCUGGGUGGCCAUUUGGGGAGGGGUCUCCGCGCCCUGGCGAGGCGCAGGGCUGCGCCGGUUGGGCGCGAGGCCUGUCCAGAGAGGUUUCUGUGCGGGGUGCGCCGCCUGGGCCCGGCCAGCAGCAAGGAAGGGAAUAAACCGGGACUACGAGCGGGCGGGGGCCCGAGAGGGGGGUCACAAAGGGUGAGACAUGGCCACCAGGCGUUUAACCGACGCUUUCUUGUUGUUGCGGAACAAUUCCAUCCAAAACCGGCAGCUGUUAGCCGAGCAACCAGAUCAAGUCAAAUUCAUGUUCACAAGUAUGUCCAAGAAAAUUAAGAACUGGUGCAUGAAAAGAUAGGAAAACAGUCCCAAAUCCUAGCAGUAUCAGAGCAAGCUUAUGAUCAGCUUGCUGAUGACCGUAUGGCUCUGGUGUCAGGCAUUAGCUUAGAUCCAGAAGCAGCAGUUGGUGUCACAAAACGGUCCCCUCCUAGAUGGGUGGAUGGAGUGGAUGAAAUACAGUAUGAUGUUGGCCGGAUCAAACAGAAGAUGAAGGAGUUAGCCAGCCUUCAUGACCAGCAUUUAAACAGACCCACCCUGGAUGACAGCAGUGAGCAAGAGCAUGCCAUUGAAAUAACCACCCAAGAGAUCACUCAGCUCUUCCACAGGUGCCAGCGAGCGGUGCAGGCUCUGCCCAACCGGGCCCGUAGGGCGUGCUCCGAGCAGGAGGAGCGGCUCCUUCGCAACGUGGUGGCCUCCCUGGCCCAGGCUCUGCAGGAGCUGUCCACCAGCUUCAGGCGCGCACAGUCGGGCUACCUCAAACGCAUGAAGAAUCGGGAGGAAAGAGCCCAGCAUUUUUUUGAUACAUCAGUACUGCUAAUGGAUGAUGGAGACGAUAAUACUCUUUACGAUCGGGGUUUUACAGAUGACCAGUUGGUGCUGGUGGAGCAGAACACACUGAUGGUGGAGGAGAGGGAGCGGGAGAUUCGCCAGAUCGUGCAGUCCAUUUCAGACCUGAAUGAAAUAUUUAGGGAUUUAGGAGCGAUGAUUGUGGAGCAGGGUACAGUCCUUGAUAGAAUUGACUAUAAUGUUGAGCAGUCCUGUAUCAAGACCGAAGAUGGCCUGAAACAGCUUCACAAGGCAGAGCAGUAUCAAAAGAAGAAUCGGAAGAUGCUUGUGAUUUUAAUAUUAUUUGUCAUCAUCAUUGUCCUCAUUGUUGUCCUCAUCGGCGUGAAGUCUCGCUAGGCGUCUGUGCGGCUGCGUGUGCCGCCCGCGUGGACUCCCGGGCGCCAGGGGCUCGGCCGCCGUGCGGGCACAGCAGAGGCGCGGGCUGUGGACCGAGGACCGAGUGGGGGCAGCGAGCGCUGGCCUGGACUCCUCGUCGCAGUCGUGCUCAAGCAGAGGGAAUGGGCUUCUGGUUUCCCUUCAUUGUCAACAAUUCAAGGACCUUUGAUAGCGCUGCAGAACAGAGAUUGAGCUGUGUCAUCAGUUAUAAUAUCUAUUUUUUUUAGAAAGAGAAAAUGAGUUGAAUGUUUACAGGCACCCCACAAGCUGGUCGAUACUGUACAUGCAUAUGCUGUUUUUUUAGCUUCAUGUCGGAGCGGCAUGUUAAAAUAAUUUUUGGAAAAAGUUUUUAAAAACCAUCUGGUUUUUAAGAAAUUUGGUACCAAAAAAUUUGUGAGUAGAGGCAAAAAUGCCUCUUCAUCUUUCUCUGUAUAUUUUCCAGUUGAAAACAAACUGAGAAGUCCUUUAAGAAUUUAUAAUCCGUUCCCCAUUAACUUAAUUUAGCUUUUCCAUCACUGUUAAUGAUCAGAGUAGCAAAGUGUGAAAAAUAAGAAACCAUCAUUGAUGUUAAUUAACACAUUUAGAUGGGCCAGUUAAAACAGCUUCAUAAGUUUAAAUUAAUUGUAAAUGGACUAUUCCUCAUCUAGAAUCUGUGCCCUGCAUUUUCUACUGUAAAUCAAAAGGGGUUACUAACAAAACCGCCUAAACUUAAAAGUUGGUGAUUUGAACCAACCUCACAUGAAAACAUGCAAAUGGAAGAUGGGCAGUGUCAUGAAAGUCACCAGAAUCAGCCAGUGUGUCCCUGUACUCGUCCCCAGCCGUCCUUGCUCAAUCCAUUACUUAUAUACUAACCACAUAAUGGCCUGUUCAAACCAGACACCAUUUAAUGAACUGUGAAUUUACACACAGGCCAUUCUAAAUGGGUCACCCCAUUUAGGAUUAGUGGAUCUCAAAUUAUUAACCAAACAUCACUCCAUUUCAAAGUAAAAUAUUCCACCAGUGGUAUGAUUUAUCGGCUCUUCCACUGCUGCUUAACAUGCCCAGAAAGUAGGCAUGUUCCCGCAGAUUGUGAAAAUCUGGACUAGGAAAUCCCUCAUUUCUGUGAACAUGAAUCAGAUCGCCAAAGCAGGACUUUGCUGUUUACUUACCUAUUAUCAAUAUGGUGCUCGAAUAUAUUCCUGGAACUGUAGAAUAAUGUGGAAAGUGAUGGUAACUUUGAAAGCUGAAGUUCAUGUUUUAUUGGGUCUUGAGACACUAGUAUCUUUUUAAUGGUCUUUGUAUAAUUUUCAGUGGCUUUUCCAUUAUUUUUUACCUCUCCUAAAAAGUUUGAGAAGAGCAUGACUUCAUUAAAUGUGCUAUGUUUUAUUUGGAUCAGUCACAUAAAAUGUCUCUUUAGAAUUGACUUGAAAGUUGUUUCCAGAAACUUAAACUCAAGUCCAGAGGUUCAAGUCGUCCAAACAGAUCAUGGUCUUAAAACCCAUGCCCCAGCCUUCCCUUCCCAAGUCGUUUGUGACUCCAGGCGGCCACUGGUUUUCUUAUUACUGAUGUGGCUAUAGAAUGAUCUAGAGGUGCCCCUGGCAUUUCAGGAAAUCGCAUGGUAUUCCCUGACAAACAGUUAUUUAUUAGGAAAAAAGGUCGGCCAAUCCGAAUCCACCACCUCCUCGAUCACCCCUGAAAUGUGGGGCUUCUGCAUUCUUCUUGCGAAUAGCUCUAGGCCUUCUCUACUCACAGCAGAUUUGAAUCCAGUGGCAGAGUCGACGUGUUCCCCUAGACCAACUGCUCCCAGGAGCUUGGCUGUGGGGGUCCGAGCUCUUCCCUCCCUGACGGUCUACAGUGGCAGAACUGGGUCCCUGGUGAAGCUUUUCAAGUGCUCAGUCUUACCCUUGAAGGAAAGUGACCCUUUAAGAAAGGAUCACCAAAAAAAAAAAAAAAAAAAAAAGGAAGGGAUCACCAUUUAUUUAUAUUUAUUUUCAGUUAAUAGGGGUGAUUGGGGUUGGUUUUUGCUCCCCAACCCCUAACCCCAUUUGGGUAAAAUAGUAGAUCUAAAUAGACGUGAAGGCUCUCGAGCGGUCUGAAGCCGGCGCGGUGCCAGUGGAAGCCCCAGCUGUCUGCUGCCACGACCUUGUCCCACAGUGGGAAGCGGCCCCAGAGCCUGGGCGCCAACUUGCCCGGCUCCUGCAAACACUGUAUUUUUCUUUUGAGCCUUCAUCAGGGAAGGAUCAGCAGCCUUGGGGGAAGUAAGAGAAAAGUGGUAAUGGAGUCCUGGUACCUCAGGGCUCCUUUUCCUGCGGACAGCCAUUGCCGUCCCUCUCGGCCAGGCUCUGGGGGCAGUGCUCGCCAGCCCAGUCUCUCCCCUCACCUGGGAUGCGAGCAGAGAAGGGGGCCCGCAGGGAAAGCUGCUUCUGGGCAUCCCCGGGCUCAGCCACUGGACACCCGCCCCCUUCAGCGUGUCCUCGGCGGGCUCCUUGGAUGGGACUGGAGAGCAGAGAAGUCCGCGUUUACCGUCAGGUCGCCAAAGCUCCUGAUCUUUCCCGAGAUUGUAACUGAAAUCUACUGUCUCUCGUCGUAUUAAUUUGGGGGUGGGGGCUGCUGGCUUAGCCAUGGGCGUGAAGCAGCGUAUGACUCUAAUUUAACGGAUUUACCGCUUUCUCUGCUAAUUGAGAGAGCAUUAUUUAUUUGUUUUGACACAAGUGCUUCCAGUGUUUUAUCCUCGCUAAUGGCUUCUUGAAGGUAAUAAAACCCUUCCAACCUAAUUGGUCAGAUAAGACUUUUUUUCUUGUGUGCUUAAAUAAAGCAAUUAGUGAAGCGCUUCUAUCCAAAAUGACUUUUUUUUUGUCCUUUUUUAAAACUAAUUUACUGUUACUGGAAACUUUUUGUACAAUAAAGCAAUCAUGCGGAUUAAAGAA